CCCAUUCAGUAUUUGUACACUUUAAAUUUGAUUUCAUCUAGUAAUACAUCAAUUUCUUGUGUUGACUUUCAGUUAUCGGAAACCUUAGCACAGCGUCUCAGAGGCCAGAUCGAAGGUCAGCAAGCUGCUGCGGCAGCUGCAGCAGCAGCUGCUCAGAAGGCAGAACAGGAAACAGCCCAGCAGGAGCCAUUGCAUGUUUCACCACCCCCUCCCCCUCCUCCCCAGGCACCCAUAUUUCCCACACCACCACCCUCUUUCAUUGAAAAGCCGCUUCCCAUAUCUCCCGAACCUCCCAAAGUUCCCGAAGUGGUUCCCAUCCCCGAGCCCCCUAAAGUCCCCGAUGUAACACCAAUACCAGAGCCACCAAAGGUUUCGGCCGCUCCAGAGCCAGUUGUUCAAGAACCCCCAGAGGCUCUGGUGUCAGAGCCACCAGCAUUCCUGGGUGAGUUCCUCCCUCCGGAUAGUGUAGAUGUUGAGCCGUCUUUGCCUCUUAGUAGUGAGAAUGUUCCCUCCGACGAGACUUCUCUCUCUGAUUCCUCUCAGUCCCCUCCCCUUGAACCAGCCCAAAUUGAGGCAGUGGACGACACUAACAGUCAGAUUUCAGAGCCCAAACAGUCCGUAGAGACUGAAGUCUCUGAGCUGGAGAGUCCUGCUUCUGUUGAGGAAAUUGUUGCUUUUCCUGCUGACUUUGCUGAACCUUCUGUUCCACCGGUUGCAGAGGAGUUGAGUGCUGUUGAAGACGCUGUCAUCACAGGCAAAGUUAUUGAAGCUGUGCUGCCCUCUCCCGAAGCUCUUUUGUCUGCAGCCUUUGCAAGUGAUCCCAUAGACACGACACAGUCUACUCCCAACGAAAGCGUGGGUGAGGUUCCAGUUGUUCCACCUCUGCCGCUUGUCGAGGGAACCAUUCCCACUCAGAUACUGCCAGAGGUUCCGUCCCCUCCAGAUGUUAACAUUGCAGUCAGAGCUGCUCCUAGCCCAACGUUGACACAGCCAGCUGGGAACAUACCGCCGUGGUCCAUUUACGCCGAGGAGGCGCACCUGAUGGUCAUGAGAUUACGCGAGGAGAAAGAACAAGAAAUCAAGAAACUCAACCAAGAUUGGCGUGAUAAGCUGGAUGCCAGAGAAAAGGAGUUCAUCAAGAUGGCACGCCUCUCUGAGGACCAAGUGGCCAGCACCCUGAAGGAAGUGGAAGGAUUGUUCAUGAAGGCUUCCUGUUCUCCCGUCUGCCAAAAUCACCAGGAUGCCGUCAUGCAUUGCUACCAGGACCAUCCCCGCCAGUCCCUUCGAUGUGCCAGGGAGGUGGAGCAGUUUGCACAAUGUGUGGAUCUUUCGCGUCUGCAAUCAGUCAUGAAGCAAGAAGCACACUGAGGUAUCACGCUAAAUGCCACAUCAAGCACUGCGUCAGCUACAAAAAGCACUUCGAAGUAAGCGGACUGCGAAGGAAUCUAUUAGCAGACUAAAUGUACAGCAUUGUUUCUUUUGUUGGAAAAAAAAGAUGUAUAUGUCAUAAGAUUUUGAAUAAGAUUCAUAUUGUACAGUCAUAAUCUUUUAUUAAUUAAAAUAUUUACAAAAGAA